AUGGAGAAUGAGAACUCUUCCUCGUGUUGUUCUCUUCUCCCCUACGUCCUCCCCCAGGAAGAAGACAAGAGGCAGCUUCGGGAAACGUCGGCCCACCCGCCCAGUUCUGAGCGAUACGUUCACACCUUCCGAGAGCUGCGAAAUCUCUCCGGAAGCAUCAACGUCACGUAUCGUUAUCUCGCCGGCACGCCGCUCAACCGCAAGAAGUACCUGACCAUCGGGCUGUCGUCGGUGAAAAGGAAGCGAGGGAACUACCUGCUGGAGACCAUCAAGUCCAUCUUCGACCAGUCCAGCUACGAGGAGCUGAAGGAGAUCAUGGUGGUGGUCCACCUGGCCGACUUUGACCCGGUGUGGUGCGAGAACUCGGUGCAAGAGAUAAGCAGGAAGUUCGGCCACCACAUCAUCGCCGGUCGCCUCCUGGUGAUCCAGGCUCCGGAGGAAUACUAUCCGUCCCUGGAUGGUCUCAAGAGGAACUACAACGACCCCGAGGACCGAGUGCGCUUCCGCUCCAAGCAGAACGUGGACUACGCCUUCCUGCUCAACUUCUGCACCAACCUGUCGGACUUCUACAUGAUGCUGGAGGACGACGUGCGCUGCUCCCGCAAUUUCCUGACGGCCUUGAAGAAAGUCAUCACCUCCAGGGAAGGUUCCUACUGGGUGAUGCUGGAGUUCUCCAAGUUGGGCUACAUCGGGAAGCUCUACCACUCCAGGGACCUGCCCCGUCUGGCUCACUUCCUGCUCAUGUUCUACCAGGAGAUGCCGUGCGACUGGCUCCUCAUCCACUUCCGGGGUCUGCUGGCCCAGAAGGACGUGAUCCGCUUCAAGCCCUCGCUCUUCCAGCACAUGGGCUACUACUCGUCCUACAAAGGAGCCGAGAACAAGCUGAAGGACGACGACUUUGAGGAGGACUCGCUGGACAUUCCCGACAACCCUCCGGCCAGCCUCUACACCAACAUCAAUGUCUUUGAGAACUACGACGCCGCCAAGGCCUACAGCACCGUGGACGAAUACUUCUGGGGGAAGCCUCCGUCCACCGGGGACUUCUUCGUCAUUGUCUUCAACAAGUCGGCCAAAAUCAGCAGGAUCAAGAUCUCUACCGGCUCCGACGACCGGCAGAACGACAUCCUGCACCGCGGAGCUCUGGAAGUGGGGGAGAAACUCGUGGGCACCAAGAAGGGGAAGCAGUGCUCCUCCUACAUCACCUUGGGGGAGUUCAAAAAUGGCAACAUCGAGGUCCAGAACGUGGACCGCAAGAUCUCCUUCGACAUCGAGUGCGUGCGGAUCGUAGUGACGGCCAGUCAGAAGGAAUGGAUCAUCAUCAGGAGUAUAAGUUUAUGGACCACACCUCCGCCCAGCCAAUGAGGACUGCAGACUCUUACUACACUUUAGGAAAAACUAUCAUUGUUAAGUCUUUCCAGGUUCAUGUUAUCAUUUUUUUUACCUAUUUAUUGAUUUGGAUCAAUAGUUUUUUAUACCUUAGUGGAUCAUCAAAGUAUUUAUUGUCGUUGUGUUGGACGUGUGCGGCGGAAUGACGACGAAGCAGUUUCACGGUGCGGAUUCCGGGUUUCUACCCGCUCUUUUAUUGCCAGUCAAUCCCACGGAGAUCACAUCUAUUGAUCGAGGGUUGCUAAUUGUAGUCGUGCAUUGGUCUGAGGAACACUGGAUUUCAAAAACAACGCCUGACCAUCUGCUGGCUCAGCAUCUUUGAAAAUCAAUCGCCCUUCUGACAUGUGAGCACAGUCUUGGAAUUUUUGCUGAAACGUGAUAAAUCCAGAAGAAGACCGACAGAGCUUUAUUUGUAAACGUAUUCAUUAUAUUUAUUAAAUGACCCGCAGCGUCCAGAUGACAAAAUUUUCACUACCAAAGUCUCCUAAUGUGUUUUAUGCUCCUGAGAAUGAAUCUACCAGUUAUUUACCACAACUUGGAACACCCUCCUUUUAUCUCCAAAAUCGACAUGUCGAACUGGAGCCAAUUCCCCCCACAUAGACGAUGUAAAACGUUUAUUUUCAUCGUUUCAUUGCCUGUUUUCGUUGCCCUGGUCCAUGAUUACAUCAAGACUGCUCAAAGGCCUACUGAAAUGAAAUGUUCUUAUUUAA